UAUAUUAUUCAUAUAAAAUAUAUAUCAAAUUACCGUCUGUUCUUUACCUCACGUUAGUAAUUUUCUAUCCCCUCCCUUUCCCUACCGUGUACUCAUAUGUCCUUAAUCAGCAAUUAAAUUAUUACCUGCUUCUGUCAGAGGGCCAUUUUGUCAGCAACGCCGGGAUUUUUAAUCAUUUAACAAAAAAAAAUUAAAGCCUUGUAUGUAAGCACGUGUUUAAUUAUAAUUAUUUUUAUUUAAUAAUUAAAUGUUUAUUUUAAUUUAUAAAAUUAAUUAAAAACUUUUUGAUUGUUCGUUGACAAGUGAUUGAAAUGAGUGAAAUGAUUUAUUGUAGAUUUAUUGUUUUUCUUUUCAUUUGUUUGAUUGAUUUUUCUCGCGGGCUACAAUCCCCGUGUCCGGAAAUUUUUUCCUAUCGACUGAAUCCAGUAAGUGGGGAAAUUUUUGGAAGGAUAAUUAUUUAUGAUCCACCGAAAAUUUUUCGGUGCUUGAGUUUGCGGGUACGGUAUCAGACAACGGAAAUUUUCCAGGAUUCUGAUCGCGGAGAGCUGCGAUUGGCGCAGCCUAAAGAAGAGGUUAUCCAAAAUAUAGCGCGUGGGCUACCGAUCAUUUACUUCCUCCACUUUCCCCUUCUAAAAUCUACACCUGAAAUUUCUCUAAUUACUCUAAAUAAUGUGCGAUAUUGCGUCGGAAUUCCAGAGUUAACGGCAAGAAAAAUAGAAAUUCAACAUAAUUUAUUUCCACCCAUUUACUCAGACCUAAACGCGCCAACUACGACAUCAACUACGACCCCAGCGCCACCUACGACAUCAACAUUAGCGACAUCUACAACAGAAAAUUCCAAAAAACCACAUCCUCUUUAUCAUUCAGCAGAAACAUUUUUCAAAAAAGAAUUUGAAAAAUUAUCAGCAUCAUGCGGGAGGCCAGUAAAUAACGAUAAAUUUAUAUUUACAAAUAAUAGAAGACUGAGACCCGGACAGUGGCCUUGGCUUGCCGCCAUUUUUAUAACGCGGGAAAUAUUUGAAUUUCAAUGCACCGGGACUUUAAUUAGCGACCGCCAUAUUUUGACUGCUGCGCACUGCCUUUAUCAUUUCAACUUAAAAUUAACCUCAAAUUUAUUCAUCGUAUCCUUGGGACGGUACCGAAUUUCAAAUUGGGACGAGUCGCUCGCCGUCAACUAUCAAGUCGAUCAGAUCCACGUCCACCCUGACUACGAACGGGGAAAAUUGAACGCAGAUAUCGCGGUCUUCAAAUUAUCCGAUACCGUGCGUUACAAUUGGCUGAUACGUCCUCUGUGUUUGUGGCCAGAAACUGACGCCAGAGUGGACGGAAUCAUUAACCAGCUGGGUUACGUCGCCGGGUGGGGGGACAGAAGCCCGUCACAGGGCAAUUAUGAAGGUGACGAUGAUUAUGAUGACGGUGAUCCCGACGUAGGGAUGGAAAAUGAACAUCAAGUUGCUAAGUUCCACGUGGUUCCCAUAGUCUCGCCUCGUAAAUGUUACCAGAGCCUCCAACUAAGAAAUUUCAUUACAAAUGAUGCGUUUUGCGCGGGAACACGAAAUGGCCGCAGCGGACCCUGCAAUGGCGACAGCGGCACAGCGCUCGCUAUUUAUAAUUCUCUGAAUGGAAGAUAUUAUUUAAGGGGAGUGGCUUCGCUGUCAAUUAUGGACAGAAGUACUCUGGGUUGCGAUUAUACAGAAUACGUUAUUUACGUUGACGUCGCUAAAUAUCACGUUUGGAUAUUAGGUAAAAUUUUUCAAACUUAAGAUCCGAGACUUGGCGUCAGAAAUUUUUUAUUUUCGACAAUUCUACACGGAGAAAAAAGUAUAGUAAAAAUUACAAUACUAUAGUAAAAUUUACUAACAGAUAUGAAAAAAUACAUUCUGUAUUGUAAUUAUUACUAAACGUUUAGUAAAAUUUAUUAGUUAGUAAUAAUUACAUAAUAAGAUAUUAAAAAUUACUAUACGUAAUGUAUUUUUUGCUAAGACGA